CCUGCGCGGAGGCCGGCCGCGGUGCAUGCUGGGAGGCUCCUCUUCCUUUUCCGCCUUCCCGGCGGUGACUGUGCACAUAUAAGACCGGCAGGAGAAGCCAAGGAGGAGGUGUUGCUGCGGCAUCGUCUCUCUCGGUGGCGGGAUGGUCGGGGUGAAGGCGGUCGCCAACGACGCGGAGUUCCAGGGCGAGCUCAGCGCCGCGGGGUCCCGGCUGGUGGUGGCCAAGUUCACCAUGAGAGGAUGUGGCCCAUGUUUAAGGAUAUCUCCUGCCUUCAAUGCUCUGAGCAAUAAAUACCCACAAGCAACAUUUCUGGAAGUUGAUGUACAUCAAUGCCAGGGAACAGCUGCAACCAAUAAUAUUUCAGCAACCCCAACGUUUCUUUUUUUCCGGAACAAAGUGCGAAUUGACCAGUAUCAAGGUGCUGAUGCGGUAGGAUUAGAAGAAAAAAUCAAGCAACACCUAGAAAAUGAUCCUGGAAACAAUGAGGACACAGAUAUUCCAAAAGGAUAUAUGGACUUGAUGCCAUUUAUUAAUAAAGCUGGCUGUGAAUGCCUUAAUGAAAGUGAUGAACACGGGUUCGAAAACUGUUUACGUAAAGACUCUACCUAUUUGGAAUCGGAUUGCGAUGAGCAGCUGCUCAUCACGGUAGCUUUUAAUCAGCCUGUCAAGCUGUAUUCUAUUAAAUUUCAAGGACCUGAUAAUGGACAAGGUCCAAAGUAUGUAAAAAUGUUUAUCAACCUUCCUCGAUCAAUGGAUUUUGAAGAAGCAGAAAGAAGUGAACCCACUCAGGCUCUGGAACUAACACCAGAUGACAUUAAAGAAGACAGUAUUGUCCAGCUCCGCUAUGUAAAGUUUCAGAAUGUUAACAGCGUAACUUUAUUUGUUCAAUCCAAUCAAGGUGAUGAAGAAACAACAAGAAUUUCAUAUUUCACAUUUAUUGGAACACCAGUCCAAGCAACAAACAUGAACGAUUUUAAGCGGGUGGUAGGCAAGAAAGGAGAGAGCCACUGAAUACAAGGGAAAUACUGGAAGGCCUUACUGCAAUCAACGCGGGAUCUUGAGAUUAUCUCCAACUCCUGGGAAAUUGCUUGACCGUAGCCAGAGACUGUCAGUCUGUUUCCAUUUUAAUACCAUUAUAAAUAAAUCACUGCAUUUUGUUAAUAUGGGAUUUCACUAAAGUGUUUUCUGUUGUAAUCUUGGAACAUAAAUUUGUAAAUAAAGAUCAUUAAUUUUGCCAAGUUGCAUAGUGGAAAAUUCACUGUAUCACUUUAAAAGUGAAAAACUAACUUCAUAAUCCUAAUUGUGUGUGUUUUUUUUUAAUGCUCAGAUGUUAAUUGUUUCUUGAUCUCUGUUUUUAGAGAUGGAUUUUGUUCAGUUGUAAGUGAUAAAGGCCUUUCUUAAAGGAGGAAGUGUGGUGUUUCUGAAACUGUACCUUGUUUGUAGAGAUCAUAGAAACUGCCUCAACAUUUUUCUCUGCCUGAUGUCAAUACACAGCAGGAUGGAAGGCCAACCCUCCAUGUUCCUACUUCCUGAACAGUCUCAUUGACUCAGGUGCUUCUAUGGAGAUGGAAACACUUAGGACUGUGGUUUAGGCAGAGGGCUAUAAUUUGUUAGCCCUUAUUGGUUUGAUUUCCCAGGGGUGCUUUCAUGAUCAGUCAUCAAAAAAUAAAGCAUCAGUAUCUGCA